AUGAACGUCGACGAGGUUGAGGACCGCGAUGGUGUGCGUCUCUCGUGGAACGUGUGGCCAGCAACAAAGCUGGAGGCCACGCGCACGGUCGUUCCAGUGGCUGCAUUGUACACGCCGCUGAAGGAGCGGGAGGACUUGCCGCCGGUGUUGUACGAGCCGGUCAUGUGCAAGCCGCCGUGCCGCGCCGUGUUGAACCCGUACUGCCAGGUCGAUGUGCGUGGAAAGUUGUGGAUCUGCCCGUUUUGCUUGUCGCGGAAUCCAUUCCCGCCGCACUACAAGGACAUUAGCACCACCAACCUGCCUGCCGAGCUCCUCCCCAAGUACACGACGAUUGAGUACACACUGAACCGCAAGUCGCAGAUCCCGCCGAUUUUCAUGUAUGUGGUCGAUACAUGCAUGGAGGCCGACGAUCUCAAGGCGCUGUGCGAGUCGCUCGUUCUCAGUCUGAGUCUCCUUCCGCCCCAUGCCCUGGUGGGUCUGGUGACCUUUGGCACGGUCGUACAGGUGCACGAGCUGGGCUACGAAGGCUGUCCCAAGAGCUAUGUGUUCCGUGGCUCGAAGGACUACUCGCCCAAGCAGAUCCAGGACAUGCUGGGCCUCACGCCCGGCUCGCGCCCCACGCCCAACUUGGCUGGUGCGGCUGCGCCAGGCGGUCCAUCCGCGCAGCCGCGGGCACCUACGAGUGGCCAGAUCGGUGCGACGCGCUUCAUGCUGCCUGUAUCACAAUGCGAGUACCAGCUCACGAACAUUCUUGAGCAGCUGCAGCGUGACCCAUGGCCCGUGGCGAAUGACAAGCGGCCGCAGCGCUGCACAGGUGCGGCACUGAGCGUGGCCGUCGGCCUACUUGAGAGCACGUUCCAGAACACGGGUGCGCGCGUGAUGCUGUUCUGCGGUGGCGCGUGUACGGAGGGCCCCGGCCAAGUGGUGUCGACCGAGCUGCGUGAGCGGAUUCGCUCGCACCACGACAUUGAGAAGGACAAUGUCAAGUACUUCAAGCGCGCAGUGAGGUUCUACGAGAACCUCGGUCGUCGGUGCGCCCACAACGGCCAUGUGAUCGAUGUGUUUUCUGGCUGUCUCGAUCAGGUCGGUUUACUCGAAAUGCAUUCGCUGUGCAACGUGACGAACGGUCAUCAGUUGCUGGUCGACAGCUUCCAGAUGGGUAUUUUCAAGCAGAGCUUCAACAAGAUUUUCGAAAAGGACGAGAACGAUGACCUGCGCAUGGGCUUUAAUGCGACACUCGAGGUGCAGUGCACCAAGGAGCUCAAGGUCAGUGGUCUGAUUGGCCACGCCAUAUCGGCCAACAAAAAGUCGAACUGUGUCGGCGAGACAGAGAUUGGUAUUGGACAAACGUCGGCGUGGAAGAUGUGCUCCAUCACGCCCCGUACGAGCGCUGGUUUGUACUUUGAGAUCGCGACGCCAGCUGGCCAGCCGCUGCAGCCAGGCGCGCGUGGCUUGGUCCAGUUUGUGACGCAUUACCAGCAUGCAUCGGGUCAGUUCCGCCUUCGUGUGACGACGAUUGCCCGCAACUUUGCCGAUGGUGAGUCGGGUCAUGUGAGUCUCUCGUUCGACCAGGAAGCCGCCGCUGUGCUCAUGGCGCGUAUCGCCGUGUUCAAGGCUGAGAUCGACGACAGCCCCGAUGUGCUCCGGUGGCUUGACCGCAUGCUCAUCCGUCUGUGUCAAAAGUUUGCGGAGUACCGCAAGGACGACCCGACUAGUUUCCGGCUCAGCGAAAACUUUAAUAUCUAUCCUCAGUUCAUGUUCCACCUGCGGCGCAGUCAGUUCCUGCAGGUGUUCAACAAUUCGCCUGACGAGACGGCGUACUACCGCCAUGUGCUCAACUGCGAGGAUGUGAACAACUCACUCAUUAUGAUCCAGCCAACGCUCAUGUCGUACGGCUUUGAGGGGCCGCCGCAGCCCGUGCUGCUCGACUCGAUGUCGAUCCGUCCAGACGUGGUCCUGCUUCUCGACACAUUCUUCCACCUGCUCAUCUUCCACGGUGAGACGAUUGCGCAGUGGCGCAAGGCGGGCUACCACGAGCAGGAAGGCUAUGAAAACUUCCGCGAGAUUCUCGAAGCGCCACAGGCCGAUGCACAGGAGCUGCUCAUGGAACGCUUCCCGAUUCCACGGUACAUCGUGUGUGACCAGAAUGGCUCGCAGGCGCGUUUCCUGCUGUCCAAGCUCAAUCCCUCCACGACCCAUAUGACCGGCGGUGCGUACGGCGUCAGUGGCAAAGGCGCCGCUAUUUAUACAGACGAUGUCAGUCUACAGGUGUUUAUCGAGCACCUCAAGCGCCUGGCUGUCGGUGCCAAUAGCAGCUAG